AAAGGCGGCCCUGGAGAGGCGUGGGCGCCCCCCAGGCUCCUGCAGCUCAGACCGGGGCUCCGCUCGCUCCCUCCGCUCGCUGCCGGGGCUGCGGGUCGGCUCGGGCCGCCGGUGCGCUCCUGCCUGCGCCGUGCGCCCAGGGCCCGCGGGCGGCCGCGCAAGAUGCAGUUGGCUCUUCUCUUGCCUUGGGCGUGCUGCUGCCUCUGCGGGUCGGCGCUGGCCACCGGCUUCCUCUAUCCCUUCCCGGCCGCAGCCCUGCAGCAGCACGGCUACCCCGAUUCGGGCGCCGGCUCCCCCGGCAGCGGCUACGCGAGCCGCCGACACUGGUGCCAUCACACAGUGACACGGACGGUGUCCUGCCAGGUGCAGAAUGGCUCGGAGACGGUGGUCCAGCGCGUGUACCAGAGCUGCCGGUGGCCCGGGCCCUGCGCCAACCUCGUGAGUUACAGGACUCUGAUCAGACCGACGUACAGGGUGUCCUACCGCACGGUGACAGCGCUGGAGUGGAAGUGCUGCCCCGGGUUCACCGGGAGCAACUGUGAUGAGGAAUGCGUGAACUGCACCCAGCUCAGCAGCAUGAGUGAGCGGCUGACCGCGCUGGAGGCCAAGGUUCUCCUGCUGGAAGCAGCAGAGCCGCCCUCGGGCCCAGACAAUGAUCUGCCAGCCCCCCAGAGCACCCUGCCACCUUGGAAUGAGGACUUCCUCCCUGACGCUAUCCCUCUCGCCCACCCGGAACCCCAAAGGAGAAGACCCACGGGUCCUGCCGGUCCCCCGGGGCAGACGGGACCACCAGGGCCUGUGGGGCCCCCGGGUUCCAAGGGUGACAGGGGCCAGACAGGAGAGAAGGGCCCAGUCGGGCCCCCGGGGCUUUUGGGGCCACCAGGGCCCCGUGGGCUCCCUGGAGAGAUGGGGCACCCUGGCCCCCCUGGACCACCCGGCCCCACAGGCAGCCCGGGCCUCUCACCAAAUGGCCCCCAAGGUGUCCUCUACUCCCUGCAGCCACCCACGGACAGAGCCAACGGAGACUCCCGGCUGGCCUCAGCCAUCGUGGACACGGUGCUGGCGGGCGUCCCGGGGCCCCGGGGCCCCCCUGGCCCACCAGGCCCCCCAGGACCGCACGGCCCCCCAGGACCUCCAGGUGCUCCCGGAUCCCAGGGCCUGGCUGGCGAGCGGGGCGUGACGGGGCCGGCUGGUGAGCCCGGAGAGAAGGGGGAAGAAGGGGAGAGAGCUGCGGAGGGCGAAGGAGUGCAGCAGCUGCGGGAGGCCCUGAAGAUCCUGGCGGAGCGGGUGCUCAUUCUGGAACACAUGAUCGGGGUCCAUGAUCCGCUGACCUCCCCAGAUGGGGGCUCCAGCCAGGAUGCCGCCCUGAGAGCCAACCUCAAGAUGAAGCGGGGUGGCUCCCCCCUCGAUGGUGCCCCUGCUGCCCGGCUCGGUCCCGGCCCUGGGCCCACGAGUGCUGGCUGUGCCAGCAAGAAGUAGGAGCCCUGCUCUCCCAGACAAGACUCUGCCCCAUCAGAGACCUGCCCCAGGAGCUCACGCAGCUGCUGGUUCCCAAAGACCACCCAAGUGAGGCUGGGCUCUAGGCAUGGACAGAUGUAAAGGACACUGGCUCCCUGGACUUGGGGGCCUUGGGACAGAUGGCACCUUCAGGGGCAGGGUCCAGAACCUGCCCCCUUCCCCUGCCCUCCCCCACUCCCCACUCCCUGCUGGAGACAGGGUCUGGGUGGGCUGGGAGAUGGAUAUGAGAAUCAUCCUGAUCUGUGUCAUUUAUCAAGCCCCGUGAUGUCUCGGGCCCUGUGCAAGGGGCCUCUGUCCAUUGUCACAUUUAAUCCUUAGGAGGUAGGCUUACCGUCCCCGCUGUACAAGGGGUUGGGGGGAUAGAGGCUCAGAGAGUGUAAGUAACCCGCCCAGGGCCUGGUAAGAAUUUGAACUCAGGCCUCUUGGCUCCGGAGCCCGAGUUCUCCCUCCCCUGCCAGCUUCCCCUCUUCACGAGGAAGCCCAGCACGGCCAUUUCUCGGGGCCCCGGGCCCACACUCUUCAACCCCCUUCCCCGGGGCUCGGACCUGCUGUGUGAUCCGGCAGCUGCCCUCCAAGGCCAGGGAGACCCCGAACAAGCCCAGGACAGUCCCCCAGGCUUGGGGGCUAGGACAGAAGUGUAUUGUGGGUGGGAGAGCCCCAGAACUAGAUUCGCAUCACCCACUGUCACCCCCAGAUCUCUUGGAGCCCACCCACCUGCCUGAGGCCCUGACCCUUCUCUGAGCCCUGAGGAGGAUUUUCAGGGAACGUGAGCCCUGAAGAGGGCCGUUAGGGGUGGAACUUUGCAGCCCGCUGCCCCCUCCCCAGCCUCUCUGGGAAAACUGUAGGAUCCAUCCUUUGUGUGUGACUUGGCAAGUCCAAUGUCCCCUCACAAGCGAGAGAUAGGAAAGCUGCCAGAGCCCGGGCCCUGUUGGACGGCUCCUGUCCCAGGGCUGGGGGCUUAGGCUGGCUCCUAGGCAGGCCCCCGGGCCACCAGGUUUCUGAGCUGCCCAGAGCAACCCCCACCCCUCCAGGGCCCCCAGGCCCACCCCUGUGCUCCCCUGUCUCUCUGGGCCAGGACCCGGGACUCUGCCAAGGCAACAAACUACUAAUCCAAAGGUGCUGUGCCCCUGGCAAAUUCCCCCCACUUCUCCAUCUCUGGUGCUCCCAGUGCUUGUGGGGGGCUGUGGGCUGGUCCCGCGGGGCCCUGGCGACCUCCCAACAGCCCUGGAAGUCCUGACCGCCCUCACCUGAGGCUUCAGGCCGCCCUCAGCCGCCCUCUGUCUUCCUGGAGGUCCAGCCGGAAGUCCACACCGGCCCCGCCAGGCUGUAAUGCUCUGACAAUAAAGGUGUCCGAC